AUGGCGUCGAGAUCCUUCACAAAAAGCGACGGGGAUCCCAAGUCCCACCGCAGUAGCGGAUUGCGAAAUUGCCGGCCCACCCCGUCUGCGCCGAUGAUUGGCCGUGGCCGACGACACCCCUUCCCCCCGCUGUUGCCGUUCAACGACCAGCCUGAGCAUCUUCAACCCGUCUGGCGCUUCUGCUUGGUUACAUCCUCCCAUGGCUCAUCAAAGUCCUCAGCGGUUCGAGGGCCAAUGAACCCUCAUGCCCAGGUCCAGCAUGCAGCAUUCCAACACUCGUUGCAAACCCCCCCGUCCCACUCGGCUGCUCUCUGGGCUCCGUCUGUUUCAAUCCGCUCUGCCUGCCCAAUCACCCCACAGAGUCUGGAUGGCAAGAUGGGCGAUCUUGACGAUGGAAAUAGAAUCCUGGGUUUGGGGAUGGACUGA